AUCGGAGAGGCGGGCGGACUGAGUGGAUGCUGCCGCUGCCCACAGGACGCGUUCAGGUUCCGUCCAUAGCAACAGGACCGGGGCGGGCUGGGAUCGGGGUACAUCUCCCGGAGGAAGUUUACCUGGGGGGCUCGGGAUGACUGAUGACCGCUGGACCAAAGGACAUUCCCCACUCAUGGCAGUGAUGGAGAACGAGACGUGGCCCCACCCUGCAUACCUGCCCCAUUAUCUCCUGCAUGGCGACCCUUUCGCCUCAAAACUGUCCAGAGAGGCGGAUAUCAUUGCAGCCUCUUACAUCUGUUUGAUAGGGAUUUUGUCUGCAACAGGGAAUGGCUAUGUCAUUUAUAUGACCAUCAAACGCAAGAUCAAGCUGAAGGCUCCAGAGCUCAUGACUGUUAAUCUAGCCAUCUUCGACUUUGGCAUAUCAGUGACAGGAAAGCCCUUUUUCGUUGUGUCUAGUUUCUCCCACCGCUGGUUGUUUGGCUGGGAAGGUUGUCGCUACUAUGGCUGGGCCGGUUUCUUCUUUGGUUGUGGGAGCCUCAUCACGAUGACCGUGGUCAGUCUGGACCGGUACUUCAAGAUCUGCCAUCUUAGAUACGGCACAUGGCUAAAACGCCAACAUGUCUUCCUGUGCCUGGUCUUUGUCUGGGUGUAUGCAGCUUUCUGGGCCACCAUGCCUCUGAUUGGUUGGGGAAACUACGCCCCGGAGCCCUUCGGGACCUCCUGCACAUUGGACUGGUGGCUGGCACAGGCCUCUGUGUCCGGCCAAAGCUUCGUCAUGUCCAUCCUGUUCUUCUGUCUCAUCCUUCCCACAGGCAUCAUCGUCUUCUCCUACGUCAUGAUUAUCUUCAAAGUCAAGGCCUCUGCAAAGGAGAUUUCCCACUUUGACGCCCGCAUCAGAAACAGCCACACCCUUGAGAUAAAACUCACAAAGGUGGCAAUGCUGAUCUGUGCAGGCUUCUUGAUAGCCUGGAUCCCUUAUGCAGUGGUGUCAGUGGUGUCAGCGUUUGGCGAGCCGGACUCGGUGCCCAUCCCUGUGUCUGUCAUUCCCACGCUGCUGGCCAAGUCUUCAGCCAUGUACAACCCCAUCAUCUACCAGGUCGUGGACAUGAGACGGUACUGCAGGACAUCCUCCUGUUUUAAAGUCCUGAAGAAACGCAGGGAUUUUAGAACGUCAAGGUUCCACACCAUCGCGGGCUCGUUAAAGGACAAUCCGCCAGCUAAUGAAGCUGAAAUCGAGAUGUGAAACAUACACUUUAAACUCUGUGUCUACCUCUUCUACUUUGGACAGUAGGCCUUGUUUCCUGCUCUCUGUGCCCUACACUGACCCAAUCAAAUGCUGCCUGUCACCUGUUAUGAUAUUAUCUACAGCUCACCUUAUUGCCGAUGGCUCCUGAGUUCCGGCUUGCUGUUACACCCACGCCUCCCCUUUCUCUGACACACAGCUUUCCCACAAGCUUUUGCUUAUUGUGUGGAUACAGAUACAUCAUGCAAGUGACUUGUUGUUUGACCUUCUCCACCUAGUUUUUAAGUGUUACAGACACGCUGUCUUUUAGGGGUGUUACGGUUCAUAAAACCCAUGGUUCGGUUUGUUUCACGGUUUUAGGGUCAUGGUGUUCGGUUCUGUACGGUUCUUGAAGUUAUUACUUCUUUUAAUCUUUAACACUCCACACAUAUACUUCAGCAUAUGAUAUGCUGUAUAAGAAUGUUCCCACAUGCAACACUGGCGCCUCCUCCAACUCCGGGCAGCCUUCCUUAUGUGGAGCAGUCGGCUCGGCUCGCCGGCUCUCAGAAUCUGACAAAAAUCUUUUAAACUGACCUUUUGAUCAAAAAACAGACAGAUUCAGCAACUGUCUGGCCUAUUUCUCCUUGAAAUGUUUUUUCACAAACACAAUUUGGUGAACUAUUUUCGUAAAAUACGUGAUCGUAUUCAGAACAAGAUGCCAUUAGAGUCUGUUUUGAAAUCCGGGAGCAGCCAGACCCAUGUGACGCGUUCGUCCAAUCAGCUGCCACGUGCUCAUUCUGCUCGUCAUUUCCAGGAAGUGUUUUAACAUAGGUGUCAAAAGUGGGCACUACCAACGUGGUUAGCACAUUAGCUGUGUUCUGACGAGCGGGUGGGACGUUUUCCUGAACCGUACCACCCCCGCUGUCUUUCAACGCUCCGGUCACGGUGGUGUUGUUCUCAUACUACGGCUCGACGGAGGUUUGAAAACAUUUUGUGAAUCCAAAUCUUACAGAAGCGUAAAAAUUCCUAUAAAAAUGUAAAUAUAUUUUCAAACAUUUCUAAAACUGAACUGCAAAUUUAAAGGUGCCCUGCUAUGCGUAUUGUUACUUAAUGUCAUAAGUUCUACCAUGGACUCUGCAUCAUUUUUGUGUGGAAAAAGUGCCUUGGUUACCGUGGUUACCUUGUUUUAAGCCAUUCUAGCAUGGUAGAGAAAGCCUGCAGGAAGACUCAGCUCCAUUUGUGCCAGUUCUCAUUAAUAUUCAACCAGCUAAGCUGCUUGACUCUGAUUGGCUAACAGCUAGCCAAUGAGAGCUUUGCUAUCAUGGAUAGUAAUGAGCUCAGGCAACAUGACAUCAGACUGACCAGCUGUUGUAAUUGGUCUGAUUUCUCCUCUUAUUUCUUUUCAGUGACUAGAGCUGACAGAGGAGGUAGCAGUUCAUCUUCACAUUCCCACAUAACACACCACACACACACACACGCACACACACAACAAACACCACACACACACACACACACACACACACACACACACACACACACACACACACACACACACACACACAUGGGCCUGACACAUUUUAAAAACAACCUGAUCCUACAGAAUUCUGUGAAAUGAAUACGGCCCCUAACUCAUAAUCGGUGGCAGUUUCACGGAAUCGCAAACAAUUGUGAAUAACUGUGAUUCUGUGAAGACUUCUUUGAAAUAAAUAUGACCCCUUGAGUUAAGGAAAAGGUCAUGGCUGGGCUUACGGUUACUAGGUUUAAUAUUUUUCCCCAAAAUUAGAUUUCCUUUGUCCCGUCAUAACCUUUUCCGGGAAUCGGGAAAUAGUCUUGAUCAGAUUUCCCGAUUAACAGUUGGUGAUCAUUUCAGGGAAUUCUGUGAGACCAGGCUGUUGGUGGGAUGCGUGUGGCCGGGCACCUUUAAGCAGAAACAUGUACCGGACUUGAGCCAUGUCAAAAACAGAUUGAGGUGUAACCGUCAAGCUCAAAGUUGUAUUUUUACUAGUUUGUACAGGCUGUUGUAUUUUGUACCCCCUACACCUGUGACUGUACAGAUGUGGCUUCUAUACAGUUAAAUAUUUAAAAAAGCACUAAAUCACACCAGCUUAUGUUUUCAUCCGCUGUAAAAGUGCACAUGAAAAGAGGUUAUGUGGCUUUAUUCAGUGAAACUGUGCACUUUACUUGCAAAGCCAUUCCUCAUUGAUAACAGUUUGGUGUUACACACACACACACACACACACACACACACACACACACACACACACACACACACACACACACCACCACACACACAGCAUUGCUGAAGAGACCAGGAUAAAUAAUAUUCGCCCAAAGAAGCAACUCCAGAAGUUGUUUCUUUGAAUGAAUGAAAUGUCAUUCUUUAACUAACCGACUACCAAACCUACAGUUGUGGCCAUGGUUACAAAUGGUUGAUUCAGGGACAAUUUUUAAAUAUAUAUUUAAAUAUAUAUUGUUUGUUGUUUGUCCAUACCCAGAAAGAACUGCAUGUUUUCUAUAGUUUGACAUUUUGGUAAAUAUUCCUAUUGGGUUUUUGCCUAGAGUUACAGUAAAAUUAUAAUUAACAGUAUAAUUUACAGAUAGAGCAGGUCUAGACCACUCUAUAAUUUACAGAUAGAGCAGGUCUAGACCACUCUAUAAUCUACAGAUAGAGCAGGUCUAGACCACUCUAUAAUUUACAGAUAGAGCAGGUCUAGACCACUCUAUAAUUUACAGAUAGAGCAGGUGUAGCCCACACUCCAUAAUUUAGAUAGAGUAGGUCUAGACCGCUCUCUAUAACUUCAACAAUUUAAGUAUCUCCCACAAGAGCAAGCAUUUAGUACGACAGUGGUGAGGAAAAACUCCCUACACACAUGCAAAAAAACAUGCAAAGGAACAGGAAAUGAGGAAGGGGGCAAACACUUUUCACACCAAUGUAGGUGUCACCCAACCCAAGGAAAACUGCUGGGCAAAAAGUACUCUGGGAAAUAACUCCCCAGACCUAAGUAACAAGCGUUAAUGGGACAUGGAUGAACAAUGAUGGUAAGGGAGAGGACAGAGGAGCUCAGUGUGUCAAAGGAAGUCCCCCGGCAAUCUAAACCUUUAACAGCAUAACUUGCUGGUCCGAGGCAAACUUAAGCCAGCUCUAUCAGGGUUAGAGGAGAAGAUUGAUACCACUUGUGUCUGUGUGUUAUGUAUGAAGCUAGAGAAUCAGAAAAAACAAACAAAUAUUGGGGUGUGAUAUUACGCUUGAGAUACUUCAGCCUGAAAAGCUCAUAUGUCAAGUGAAGACAUAAGGGCCAUGAAAAUUUCUUCAUCAAGUUUUAUGAUUCAAGUAUCUUCAGACAAUAUUAGAUUUGGUCAUUCAACCACUGUAGAGCCUCUGAACUCAGCAAGUUUAUCAAGAGUCCAACACUCAAAUCAGCUGCUCAACAUUCAAACGUCGAUAUUGGACGGUUCUGUAUGCGUCCGUCUUGCAUUUGUAAAUUUGCGACAUUGAACCUCUUUUUCAUCCAUGUGUCAGCACUCCCCACCGUGCACACUCCUAAGGGACUGCGAUCAGAGUAAGUCCCUUUAGUGCCACUUAUCCGCCAAGUCUAAAUUCAUCAAUUAGGCAUACACACUAUGUCUUCAAAGUCAGUCAUGAGGUUUGUGAUUGUGCAAGUUGUAAAACUACAGUCCACAAAUACAGAUGUUCAUCCCAUUUUGGGUAUUCCCAAAUUCAUUAAAGAUUUGUUUGGCUGGUAUUGCUUUGAUUUUUAAAAUACUGCCACCGCAUACAUCCAUCAUACUCUUCUAUUAUCAAUUAAUAAUAAUUAUUUUGUAUUUUUGAUUUAUGACUAGAACAAAUUGACACAGUUUCUUCAGGUUUCCAGCUUUCAGAUGAUGUACACCACUGUCAUGUGGCAUAUAUUGUUGACUUUUCUGCUCCUGAACACCCCCUGUCCCUAUCCCCCACCCCUUCUAAAAAGGGGGUAGAUUGCUACGAGGUUAAUAUACUGUCAACAGGAAAGACUAUGCUGACUGCUGCUAGACUGUCAAUCAGUUCGUCUUCAAAUUUGGCACACUUGGCACCCCAUACAGCUAAGGGUCAGUACAUCAUCAGAUGGAUAAUCUAAAUUGAAUGCCACAAUAUAAAGAGUAAUUACACCAAUUGGUCAAUUGCAGUUAUAGAAAACACAGUAUGUUCUGUCUAUUCAGGAUGAUUGUAUGUAUUUUAUAUGAAGUAUGACUGUCAGGAGAAUAUUACGUCCACUCAGACAAUCUGACGCAAUCCAAUGAAAUAGAGAUGAUGGUAAAAAUGGUGGUUUGCAUUGUAUUGAGUUUACAUAAUGUUAUAGAAAAGCAGCAUUUAACAUUAUAUUAUCUUACAAAAUUUAAUUUAACAUUAACAUUUCAAUUUGACUGUCUGCAUUCUCCCAAUAUCACUAGUCUACUUCCCAGUAGACCCUCAUGACUUGCUGCUUGCAUCUAAAUGCUUUGUCAAUAAUUAGCGAUGUGCUAAUUGAUAUAAUAUUUUUGUAAGAGUAUUGUUUUGAUCCUUGUUUCCUAUUUUGGAGACUCAAAUGGGAAUUGGGUCUGUAUGACGUUGAUGUCAGUGUAGAAGCUAAAAGGAAGCACGCUGUACCUUGAAUGUGAACUAAUACCACUAAUAUUUAUGCAUAUAGAAAGUAUUAUAACACAGGUUGGGGUGUGUUUGCUCUCAGUUCAUAAGUCAAGUUCCAUUAUUAAUCAUAAGCAUAAAUUCAAACCUUAAGGUUUCAGAGAAUAGCGGCUGGGCCUUUUGUUUGAUGAUGAUGAUGAUGAUGAUGAUGAUGAUGAUGAUGUCCUUGUUUGGCAUCAAACUGAAUCUCAGGUAUUGGUUGUUAGUUGUUCUGGUCUGUGUGUAGUCUGUUGGCCAAUGAGGGUGUAUGGCGUUAUAUUUGUGACAAAAAUUGUUGCACAUGAAUGCUCUUUUCAGCAUUUAUAAUGUAAAUGACUGCUGUUUUCCAUCUUUCCAUAUGCUGUAUGAAUAUCCAUUAUUUUGUCUUUGUACAUCAUACUUCUUUUUGAUGUUGUCCAUCACUACACAUUCCCAAAAUACAUGAACACACUGACGUAAGUAAAUACAAUGGGCUGCUGGAUUUGUUGUUUUAUAUUUUAUAAUUAUAUAAUUUUUAGCUCUUUUAAGUUGUUUGUACAUUGCUAUCACCUGAAAGUGUUUGCGUUCACUUGAGUCAAGUAUAAAGAUAACAAAACAGCAUUAUGUGCUUUGACAAAUAAUAAAAGAACACACAUUAAGAUAACUUUUGCCACUAAUGGCUCCCUAAACUUUGUCUACCUGUGAGUAUGUGUGUGUCUGUCUCACCUUUACAUUAAAUUGUGGAAAGUUUUUUUUGUAGUGGAAAUAAAUAUAUGCCAAUGCCAACUGGA